AUGGAGUUUUCCUUGAAGCACAGUUCUCAAGCCAGGUCACUCUCUUUAUGCAAGCAAUCUUCGAUAUCGCGUGCUCCAAGGCAACUAAACUCACAAACUGACCGCUAUGGAGUCAAUAACAAUAUAUCAGGAUUCCCAUCCAACGAAUUCAGAUACGAUCCUUGGUUAUCCUGGAGGUUAGGCCAGAUCGAGCGACCUCCAGAACUGGGUCAGCCCAAGAUCCGAAAACCCUCGACUCCUUGCUCAGCAGAUCGGAGGUCUUCGAACCCCGGAGCCAAGGUAGAGGUCGCGAUAUUGCAACUAGUCUGCACCUUUUGUGCUGCACAAGCGACCAGACAUACCUUACACAUUCUCCUCGAGUCCUUAUCACCGGUGAGUCACCGAAUCUGCAUCUUGUGCGAGUUCAGGCUGAGGAAAGAUUGCGCAAAGCUAGUGAAGGAAGGAAGGAGAUGGGAUCUUGUGAUGGUUAAGCAAUACAGUAUAGAAACUCAUCUAUCUCUCUUUAAUCAACUCCAGGCCCAUCCGAAAGUUUCUAGCCUUGAAGAGUCUCCGAUUCCUAGUACAAUCCUAGGCCUCUGA